AUGGCUACGCCUCUGCUACCUCCUGCUCCUCAGACCCCACUGAAAUCAACGCGGACAAGGAGCCGACUGAGGUCAAAUACCUUCUCGCUAUCCUCCCCUCCCUCCUACUCAGGUCGAACCUUCUUCGGUAGCUCGCCAGCCUCGGUCAAGACCCAUCACCGGGGCGGCUCAUCGGCGCUGCUCAUACCCGAUGGCAGCUUUGCUCCUACUUCACCAACGACCGGAAAGACGAGAGCUGCCUCGCCUUCUUCAGCUCGAGGUCACUCAUCCCGCCCGUCCAUCGGCACGCCCUUUGCCCCUGCUCCGCGACAGCUCAAUGCACCUCGAUCUGCUCCUCCCCUUCCACCUCUGAUGCCAGUGCCGCUCUGCACACCUCCGCUGCCGUCUCCUUCAGCCACUUCCACAGUCUUUGGGUAUCCCUUUCCAGAGCAGCCCAAGCUACCUGCGAGUUCAAGCGCCACCGCCAACAGCGCCACCACUGCCACUCCACCAAGACAUCAACGACCUGCACCUCUACGACGACGAAGCAGCAGCUCGGGAUCAUUUCGCUCUGCUCUAGCCGUAGAGUUCGACAAUGCCAUCCGAAAGAGGGACGAAGAGUCGGCGAGCUCCUCCUUCAGCCUGCAGAAUCGCCAGCUCUGGGCUGAUACUCUUUUCCUCAGACUCUGUAGUAGACCCUCCCGACCUACUACAAGCGUGAUGGCUCAGACCGGUCCUGCUUCAUUUGUUCUUCCUGCUGCUUCUUCAGCGGCACCAGCGGUCAUGUCCCCACCUCCUUCAGACCGCAAUCCAAAGGAGAUGUACCGCAAGCGAGAGGGCAGCUCGAGCCUAGGUCGGUUCAAGAAGCCGAAUGCUCUCGGUCAUCGAAGCUCAAAGAUCGCCUCUGUAGACGUCACUCGCGGCGUCGACGCUAGCGCCAACAGCCUACCGCUGCAAGAAGGCUCUCCGAAGAGCACUCGAUUACACCGUCGAAGGCCCUCGAUGCCCAAUGUGCCUUCGCCGUCCCACGUCAAGCGUGAGUCUUGCGGUGUGACUACGAAGAGUAUGCCUGUGCCUAGGCUGCCGGAGUGGGCUUGCGUAGAGCGCGCUGCAAGAAAGAGCGAAGAGACGUCGAGAUCAUCGAAAGAGGGUAUUGCGAAUAGUCGAGCUCUUGCGUCCCCUGACAGCCCGUCUGAUGCCAAAGCCGAUCCCGGAUGCCGACCGCUGAGGGCAUCCGUCAAACUUGGAGAGCUGAGACUAACACCGCUCUCGAGUGCGCAACCCUCGAGCGUGUCAUCAGGCGAUUCUUCUAUUCCACCCAGUCCUCUGACUCCUGCAAGCAUCUCCCCAAUGGUCGUCACCGAGCCCACUCUACAGACGAAGCCCGUUGCUCCGUUCGAGCCUUCCCCAAGCACAGUCUCAGACUCUCCUGGGCGUACCAGAGUCGAGCAGCGCGCCUCUCUACCCGAGCGAGGACCUCGACGCUCCCGCGCUCAUACCAUGGGCAGCCCCUCCCACUCGGAAGAGGUAGCAACGCUGUCGAAGAGUCUCGGAGGGCGAUCUGGCCUCCUCCCAGCGCUAAUGCCGGUGCUCUUCUCUCCACCCUCAAGAGCCGGCAGGGUAAGAUCGACGACUACGACUACGACGCAAUCGAAGAUGGACGAAGUGCUGCCCUUUGUAGAAGCUACGCAAGAGAGUCUUCUUUUGGACGUCUUGACGGCUGGUAGUGCGUACAAGUCUUUGCCGCCUUCGCCUACAUCACCGCUGUCGCCGACUGGGUCUCACAAGGAUGCAGGAGACGAAGUCACAGUGGAGAAACGAAUCAAUAGCGCAAGAUUCGGAAGUGAUGCAAAGCAAGGCGGGAGCGCCUAUGCUGAAGCGCCUCAUCAUGCCUCGUACAUCGCGCAAGAUCAAUCAGGACCGUCCAAGUCUCACAAGUUCAAAUCGGCUUCGCUCUCCUGCAAGAGAAGCUCGCAAGCCCCCUCGCCCGCACCACUAGGCAAAGCUCCUCCUCCUCCUCCUCCUCCUCCCCGCUACCGAGCAUCUACAGGCAAGCGCUCCAUCUCUUCUCGCGAGGGAGAUACCUCUUCUGAAGAACAUGGAGGAGGAGAGGAUCCGAUGAGGAAGACGCCACGUCGCUUCGGAGACUCGCCUAGGAGGGAGUAG